AUGAAUAGCAUACGGAAAUUAAUAACCACACAAGUUCCUCUUGCCCAAAGGGCUUUGAGACCUUCAUCUAGCAUAAUAUCACAAUCACGUUCAGUCGUAUAUCUACACAAAGGUCCAAGAGUACGUGGUCUUGUACGUGAUGAAGAAGAUUAUAUGUAUUCUCCAAGUGGGAAAAAAUAUGGAUUAAAUCAAGAAAAUUUACAAAGUUUAAAAGAAUUUUUAGGUAAAGAAUAUGAAUUACCUGAUGAAUUAUCAUUACAAAUCCUUACUCAUAAAUCAUUUGCUCAUGGUAUUAAACCAUUCAAUGAAAAAUUAUCAAUUUUAGGUUCACAUUUCUUAAAAAAUAGAGCUUCUUUAUAUACAAUCCAUAAACAAGAAAGUAAAGAUGUUGAUGCAGAUAUUAAUGGAUUAUCAAUAAGUCAAUUAGGCUCCCUUACAUCUAGAAAUAUAACUUCUUCAGAAAUUUUAUAUGCAUUCAUUAAAAAAAACAAUUUAACUGAUGUUAUUUUUUGGAAAAAAAGAGAUGCUUUAUUAACUGAUCCUUCCAAAUCAGGUGAAAUUAAAGUUUCUGAUGGUGUUGUUAAAGCUAUAAUUGGUGCCAUCUUAUCUCAUCAUGGUAAAGUUAAAGCUGAAAAAUUUAUUGAUGAUGUCUUGUUAAAUUCUUCAAAUGAAAAAUCUUUAGUUAAUUUAUCACAAAACUAG